UGGGGACUCGGCCACUCCGAGGGCGCCACACAGGCCACUCUAGCCGCCGUCCCGGAGUUUGGCCGCGCUCUUUCGGCUGCGAGCUCUAUGGUGUUGGCGACGACAUGUGGCGGCUCCCGGGACUCCUGGGCCGAGCUCUUCCCCGUCUGCUGGGACCUGGCCUCCGUGGGGUGACCUCCAAGUCCACCAGCCCAGAUGGGCCUCAGGCUACCUCCUCCAACCUGCUGGUCCCUGUGCCCAGCUUCGACAGGUCUGGCCACCAUGGCCCAGGCACAAGCAAGGGCCCAAGGUCCCAUGGAUGGAAGGCUGCCUUCCAGUGGAUGUCUGCCCGUGACUCCCGGAACACAUUGUGGGAUGCCAUAUCAUGGGGCACCCUGGCCGUGCUGGCCCUGCAGCUGGCAAGGCAGAUCCACUUCCAGGCGUCCCUGCCAGCAGGACCUCGGCGAGCGGAGCGCUGCUUUUGGCGCAGUCCUCUGGACCGUUUCCUCUCAUCUCCCUUGAGGCACCCGCGCUCCUCACUGCGGAGACACAUUCUGCCCAGCCCUGAUAGCCCGGCUCCCAGGCACACUGGCCUCAGGGAACUCAGGCUGGGCCAGGAAGAACCCUCCACUCGGCCUGAGAGCCUCCCUUCACCCAGCUCCUUGAGAACAACUGGUCUUCAGGGUGCCUCUGAGGAAGAUCCCAGUGACGCCGGCUUCCUGCAUGCCAGCAGUAGCUUCAAGUCCAAGGCAAAGCCAGCCCAGCCUCAGCCCACUGGCGAAAAGCAGGAACAAGAUAAAUCAAAAAGUCUUUCCCUCGAGGAGGCCAUGACUUCCAUUCAGCAGCUCUUCCAGCUCAGUGUUUCCAUCGCUUUCAACUUCCUGGGGACAGAGAACAUGAGGGAUGGAGACUACAUGGCAGCCUUUUCUUACUUCCAGAAAGCAGCAGACCGUGGCUACAGCAAAGCGCAGUACAAUGUGGGCUUGUGCCAUGAGCACGGCAGAGGCACCCCCAGGGACCUCGGCAAGGCAGCCUCUUACUACCAGCUGGCUGCCAGCCAGGGCCACAACCUGGCUCAGUACCGCUAUGCCAGGUGCCUGCUGCAGGAUCCAGCCUCCUCGUGGGACCCUGAGCAGCAGAGGGCAGUGUCCAUGCUGAAGCAUGCUGCAGACUCAGGCUUGAGAGAGGCCCAAGCUUUUCUCGGGGUGCUCUUCACCAAGGAGGCAUACCUGGACGAGCAGAGAGCCGUGAAAUAUCUUUGGCUUGCAGCCAACAGUGGGAUGAGGAAACUGAGGCACAGAGACACAGAAUAUGAUGCCCGAGGUUACACAGCUGGUAAGUGGUGGAGCCAAGAUUGGAACCCAGGCGUCUGGCUAGAGAGAUUGGGCUCCUACUCCCUACCUGAUACUGCCUCUCCCAGGAGCCUAAUUCUCAGUGAGAGGGGAGAGAGGAUCCAGAGCCAGGGACAAAGAGAUUAAACAUGUUCUCUGUAAUGUAUGCUUUGUAGCUCUCUGGGUAGAGAUCAGGAAGGCAUUCAGGGCCUUCGGAAGCCCAGCCUCCACCCUUGCUCCUGGCUCUUUCAGGAUAACAUAGGAGCCCGACUCCCUGGGCUCCCAGAGCAGGGCCAAGUGCUUCCCGCAGCCUUCACUUCUGCACACUUUCAGCACCAUCCUCAACACGAGAAGCCUCCACGCUGCUCUGGCCGGAAGCUCCCUGGGUGGAGGGAUCCCUGUGUCCUCUGUUCUGGGCCUCUGGCUCUUCACAGUUGAGAUCCCUUGGUCCAGGGAGGGUUGCAGCUGGGCCUGACCCUGCAGGGGUGAAGCACCGGCCUGCUGACUGCUGCACCUUCCUCCUGCCCCAGCGUUUCAGUUCUUCAGUCCUGCAUGCGUGGGCAUUUGUGUGUCUGUCCGUCUUCUCCUUUAGGAUUCACAGAGCAGGUACCACUUGGGAAUUUGCUAUGAGAAGGGCCUUGGUGUGCAGAGGAAUCUGGGAGAGGCUGUGAGAUGCUACCAGCAGUCAGCAGCUCUGGGGAAUGCGCCUGCCCAGGAGAGGCUGCGGACCCUCUU